AUGUCUACCACCCAACCGCCAGCUUCCCCGAGUCUCACUGGACAGGGGGAUGCUCACCCGACUCCUCCCAAUGAAGGGACUGAAGGACCGCAGCAGGUGACUGAACCGACCGGUCAGGAACCUGCGACGGAGACCACGGCUGCAGAAAAGGAGAACGUACAGGAGACCAGAAUGAAGUCAGCAGCUCUGCACGAGCCAGAAACGGCUGCUGCACCUACCAUGAAGGCUCCGCCCGCUACACCGUCACGUAAUGAAUCGCUGCCGGAGAAAUUGAAGGGGUUGUCAGUGUCGACUGAUAUACCCGAAGAUCGGCCAUCGUCGUCCAGCGAUGCUCCUCCUCCGCCACCGGCUAAGGACGAAGUUUACCUCAACCCGGCCAGUUCCAGCAGACCCACGCAUCCCCCGCAGUCACCAAUCGACCCAUCUUUGGAAUGGAAUGAAAAGGAGCUACCGGAUGUUCCUGGGGGACAGAUAGUUGAUAACAAGGGAACACCAAGUGCCGAAUAUAGCCGGGAACACGACUCCUCCCAGCCCGAAAUCCAGAGCAUUAUGGGUCAGUUUCAGGGUGGCCAGGAGCAGUUGAUGUCGCCACGGUUGGAACUUGCUGAACAGUUUUUUGGUACUUAUCCACCCCGGCAGUCGAGCUUGGACCACAAGAAGAAAGUCGAAGUCGCUGCCACCCCUGACCCGGCUGGAAUGGCAUCCUCUUCGUCCGAGAAGCAGCCCGCACGCGCCCCCAGCAACCCGCAUAUACAUGAUGACGAUAUGUUGAGCCGGCGGUCCUCGAGUUCUACAGCGCCUCCGCCACCCGAGCCUGAAAAAAGAUUCGACUUUCAUCGAUUCCUGGAGCAAUUACGCCAUCGUACUGCAGACCCUGUUGCCAAGUUCCUGCGCUCAUUCCUCCACGAGUUUGGAAAGAGGCAAUGGAUGGUCCAUGAGCAGGUUAAGAUAAUCAGCGACUUUUUGACAUUUAUCACGAACAAGAUGGCCAUGUGUGAGGUUUGGCGAGACGUUUCGGAUAAUGAAUUUGAUAACGCCAAGGAAGGAAUGGAGAAGCUUGUGAUGAAUCGAUUAUACUCGCAAACUUUCUCCCCGGCUAUCCCGCAGCCGCCGUCGAUUCCGCGAAGCGCCAGUAGAAGUAAGCGGAGAGAACUUGAACGGCUUCAUGGACCGUGGAGACGAGGUCAGCACCAGGAAGAUAUCGAGCGGGAUGACGUCCUUGCACAAAAGAUGAAGAUCUAUAGUUGGGUACGGGAAGAGCAUCUAGAUAUUGCGCCAGUGAAUAACCAUGGCCGUCGAUUCCUCAAUUUAGCGCAGCAAGAGCUCUUGAAGAUCAACGGGUACCGGGCGCCGCGCGAUAAAGUAAUUUGCAUUUUGAAUUGCUGCAAGGUUAUUUUUGGUCUACUAAGAAAUUCCAAAAAAGGGGAUACUUCGGCUGAUUCUUUUGUGCCGCUGCUGAUUUUCGUGGUGUUACGAGCCAAUCCUGAGCAUUUGGUUUCUAACAUCCAGUACAUUCUUCGUUUCCGCAACCAAGAAAAACUUGGGGGAGAAGCGGGCUACUAUUUGUCUUCAUUGUCUGGAGCCAUUCAGUUCAUUGAAACACUUGAUCGGACGAGUUUGACAGUGAGCGACGAAGAUUUUGAGCAGAAUGUCGAAGCUGCCGUGUCCGCCAUUGCUGAACAGAACCGUCAAACUGAGACCAUGGAGCAGAAAGCAGCAGAGCGUUCGGGCAGUCCCCAAGGAUCAGCGCGGAGUUCUGGUGAAGGCCAGCGGAACACGUGGCGAAGAGAACAGUCCAGCGAUGAAGACACGGCGCCGGUCGCCGGGUUGCUGCGAACCAUCCAGAAGCCAUUAUCAACAAUCGGAAGAAUGUUCUCAGAUGAGCCGGAUUCGCCGCAAGAUCGACACUCGCCGUCUGGCGCAUCACCUUUGUCUCCGGCACCUCCGCGACUUUCUCCUAACGUGUACCAACCUCCUCGUCACAGUACUGAGGAACGAUGGUCAGGUGAGGGACCACGGGAACAGCAGCAGCUUGAACGAGUAUUAGAUGCACAGGAUGCGGCAGCGCGUCAAGCCAGUGCAGAAGAUGCACAAGCGCGGCAGAUACAGCGUGUAGAGCACAAUGAUGUAGUAGAAACACUGUCGAACAUGUUCCCUAAUCUUGACCGGGAAGUCAUUGAUGAUGUGGUGAAGAUAAAGCAGGGGAGGGUUGGUUUGGCUGUCGAUGCAUGCCUUGCUUUGAGCGCUGAGUAG